AUGAAACAGUGCAGUUUGGAGCAGAAUAUGGCAAAUACAUUUCUCACUGUACCUGAUGGGUAUUGUCUUCCUGACCCCAUACAGUAUUAUGAUGUUUUACCAGAGCAUAUCAACUACCAGCUGCAAGACACGGAUUUUCAGACUGCACCUUACUGCCAAUACUCCACAGUUCAAAUUCCUCCACCAGUAUUACAGUCACAACCGUCUCAGUCCCAAUAUAGCACAUACGGCCUGGACUCUCAGUACGGUGAUGGGCAGUGCAUCAUCAGCAGCUGUGAGUUAAGCAAACCUCCCUUCAUGGCUCCCCACAUUGAUGACAGUGGAUUCCAAGGAUUAAAACGGCCAAGAUUAAACCACACUUCUUUGAGACUGAAGGGACAAGAGGAGUUGUGUGUUGUCUGUGGUGACAAGGCCUCUGGCUAUCACUACAAUGCACUUACCUGUGAAGGCUGUAAAGGCUUCUUUCGACGUAGCAUAACCAAAAAUGCAGUGUAUCGAUGCAAAAAUGGUGGUCAUUGUGAAAUGGACAUGUACAUGCGAAGAAAGUGUCAGGAAUGUCGCUUGAAGAAGUGUAAAGCUGUGGGAAUGCUAGCAGAAUGUUUGCUGACUGAAGUACAGUGCAAGUCAAAGCGACUCAGGAAGAAUUUCAAACGGAAAAGCAGUUUUAUUUGCAACAUAAAACUGGAAGAUGAGGGACUGAAUAGUAAGCAUGUAUCAUCUACAACAAGAUCUGGAAAAAUCCCUGAGAAGAUGGAACUUACUCCAGUGGAACAUCAACUUCUUGACCACAUUGUAGCAGCACACCAAAAAUACACAAUUCCCCCUGAGGAAGCAAAGAAGUUUCUACAAGAAACUGCAAGUCCUGAGGAAAGUUUUCUCCGUCUCUCUGAGACAGCAGUUGUCCAUGUACAAGUAUUAGUGGAUUUCACAAAAAGACUUCCAGGAUUUGAAAGUCUAGCUAGUGAAGAUCAGAUCGCGCUGCUAAAAGGGUCAACAAUUGAGGCAAUGUUUUUGCGUUCAGCCCAAAUAUAUAACCAAAGAAUUAGUGAAUGCCAACCAUCAACAAGUGAAAGUCAUAUAAGACUUUCUCAUCAUGGGACAUGUUGUCACGUUCAAAACCUCAAUAAAACCAGCAUUUAUUCCAUGGAAAUGUCUCACAAUGAAGAGAGUCCAACUUCCACUACUACCACAGGUAUAACCGAGGAGUUUAUUACCGCACUGUUUUACUUCUACAGAAGCAUGGGAGAACUGAAAGUGACCGAGACCGAAUAUGCCCUGCUUGUAGCAACAACGGUGUUUUUUUCAG